AUGACCGACGGCUUCACAUGCUUUCCGAGGCACGGGGGUGAAACACCGCCAACUUCCCAACACCGGGCUGUUACUGAGAAUUUCUUAACAGAAAUACUCAUUAACAGAAAUGGUCCGAACGGGGCCUCAAACCCAGAACAUUCGGAUCUGCGGCCGCACAUGCUAGCUACUAGACCACCGAGGCAGUUAAACUUGCACCUAUAUGGUCAAUAUGCA